AUGACUCCACAGGAAAAAACUCCAGAAGUCGAUAUCGAUGAUGGGCAUGAAGAUGGAGAGAUAUCUGACGAUGAAGAUGAUGCACCAGUUGAACUUCCUUCUAAUCAACCUAACACGCUGGUCAACUACCCCUCAUCGGACGACGAAAAAUCUCCAGAAGAUGUUAUCAGCGCGUACAAGCAGAAAAUCGCUGAGCAAAAGAAAGAAGAAGCAGUUCCUGAAGUCUCUGUAGAUCCGAAAUUGUGCAAAGUCUGCCUGAAAAAUGAGCACAAAUACAGAUGUCCAAGAUGUGAGCUACGCACAUGCUCACUCGAUUGUUCAAAGAAACACAAAGCGGAUAACGAUUGUGAUGGUGUGAGGCAAGCAUUCACCAAAGUGGAUAAGCUGUCUCAAUAUGACUCGCAAAAGUCAAUUGACGAUCAAAAGUUCAUGCAUUUGGUGACAGAAAAGGCUGGGUUAGGAGCCGAUCAAACCGGAAACGUUGGUAAUGAAGUGAACCAUUUGGAUGGUGAAGAAAAACCCGUUGAUUCAAAUGCACUACGCUCCUCUACCAAAACUCCAAUCGAACGUUACCUAUUAAAUGCUGCUAGAUUCCGCCACAUCUGGCUGGGAUUCACCGAUGAACAAGGAAACGAAAGCAGACACGAACAACAUUCAGAUACAGUGUUCUGGAGUAUUAAACUCUCAUUCAGGAAAGAAACAAACGGAGGAAAUGUUGAAGUGUUCGAAAAAACUGUCAAUAAUAUUCCGGAGACAAUCAGGAUUUCUACAGUCUUGAAGCAGUUUUUCCAUCCACGACAAUACGGAUGCAUUGUUUCUGAAAGUGAUCUCGAUCUAAAUAAAUUGAAACCUUUCAUUGAAACCGGCAUAGAUGGAGUUAAUGUCUACAUGGAAGUACAUGGUAGUCAAGAUCGGUUCUAUGGAGUUCUUCCGGAUAGAACGAUUCUCGAUAUGACACGAAACCGAGUUGUUGCGGAUUAUCCCAAAUUUGUCAUCACUCUGAAUAACGAAUUCACAGAGAGCAUGCAGUUAUUAUCACCUGAAGAACUAGAACGCAUUCAAGCACAAUAUGGAGGUAUUGGUAACGAACGAUUCGGUGGUGGUGGUGGAGGUGGUAAUGGACGUGGACGCGGAGGUCGAGGAUUCCACCGUGGUGGAGGUGGAAGAGGCGGUGGUGGACAGAAUCAUCACAACAAUUUCCGGAAAAGACCAUCCAAUGGUGGCGGCUACGAUGGCGGCUUCAAGCGCGGCCGAGGAGGAAAUUUCAACAACGGCGGUAAUCGUCGUGGUGGAUAUCACAAUAGAAACAAUCACCAAAAUGAUUCAUUCGAUCCAUUCGAGCCAUUCUCUGGUCCAAACCAUCUUCCGAUUGAUUAA